AUGGACCCACUGGACUUUUCCAGCCCGUUCAGCACGGAAGCGGUUCCCGGCGGGGAGAACUCCUCUCUGCUGCCCAAUGUGACAGAGAACGGGACGCUGGCGGAGCAGCCACCAUUCCAAUACAUCCACAAGGUGCUCAUCCCCGUCUGUUACCUGCUGGUCUGCGCCCUGGGGCUCAGUGGCAAYGCCCUGGUCAUCUACGUGGUGCUGCGCCACGCCAAGAUGAAAACGGUCACCAACAUCUACAUCCUCAACCUGGCCGUGGCCGACGUGCUCUUCAUGCUGGGCCUGCCCUUCCUGGCCACCCAGAAYGCCAUCUCCUACUGGCCCUUCGGCUCCUUCCUGUGCCGCCUGGUGAUGACCGUGGACGGCAUCAACCAGUUCACCAGCAUCUUCUGCCUGACGGUGAUGAGCAUGGACCGCUACCUGGCCGUGGUGCACCCCAUCAAAUCCACCAAGUGGAGACGGCCCAGRGUGGCCAAACUCAUCAGUGCCACUGUCUGGACCUUCUCCUUCUUGGUGGUGCUGCCCGUGAUCAUCUUCUCGGACGUGCAGGAGGACUUCCAGACGUGCAACAUGAGCUGGCCGGAGCCCGUCAGCGUCUGGUCGGCGGCGUUCAUCGUCUACACCUCGGUGCUGGGCUUCUUCGGCCCCUUGCUGGUCAUCUGCCUGUGCUACCUGCUCAUCGUGGUCAAGGUCAAGUCGUCGGGGAUCCGCGUUGGGUCCACGCGGCGCCGCCGCUCCGAGCGGAAGGUCACCAGGAUGGUGGUCAUCAUCGUGGUGGUGUUCGUCUUCUGCUGGCUCCCCUUCUACACCAUGAACAUCGUCAACCUGGUCCUCAUCCUGCCCGCYGACCCCGUCCUCGAGGGCCUCUACUUCUUCAUGGUGGUGCUGUCCUACGCCAACAGCUGCGCCAACCCCAUCCUCUACGGCUUCCUCUCCGACAAYUUCAAGCAGAGCUUCCGGAAGGUUCUCUGCCUCCGGAAAGGCGACGGGCCAGAGGAUGGGGAGCCCGUGGAGCACAGGAUGGAGAACAGCAGCCGCCUGCAGGAGUCCAUGCUGACCCAGAGGAACGCGGAAUUCAAUGGGCACAUGCAGACCAGCAAGGUCUGA